UAUGGAGUCUCUCUUGGUACUAUUCACUUACUUUUAAUUGUUCUUGUUGGUCUUUAGAGGGUUUUAAGUGAUUCACAUUGUUAUGAAAUUUAAGCAAUAAAUUUUCACUGGGGCACUCCCUUGGCAGGACUCAGAGUGCAUGAGGCUGUACAGGAAGUUCUUUUGUAGGCUCUAUAAAUACCUGGUCAAACAGACAGUAAUCUCUCUCCCUCUUCUUCAGAUUUCUACUGCAUGACUUGGAUCCAUGCUCCUAAUCAGCUUACGAGCUUCCCUUGACCUACGCUUCUUUUCCUAACGCGCGUCUGACUAUGGCUGUCCUCAAAAUUAAAUUCACCAAAACCAAAAGGGACAAAUUGGCUCAGAUCUUAUGGAUCCUCAACUGGGUUUCUGUAGUGAGUGGGAUCAUUCUCUUCAGUCUUGGCCUCUUUCUGAAAAUAGAGAUCAAGAAGCGCAGUGAAGUGAUGGCAAAAGGGGACAUUAACUCUGUCCCUAACAUGCUGAUCUCUGUAGGGGUCAUAGCAUGUAUCAUCAACUUCCUGGGUGGCAAAAUCUGCUAUGACUGCUCAGAUGCAAACAAGUUCUCUCGAUGGAAGCUAGUAAUGCUGCCAUACAUCGUAUGUACCUUCUGUUUUACAUUCAGCAUCCUGGUGGGUGCUGUCAUGUGCUAUACCAUGAGGAAUGAGCUGGAAGAGUCUCUCUAUCUGGGACUGAGGGAUGCCAUUAAGUUCUAUAAGGACACAGACAUACCUGGGCGAUGUUUCUUAAAGAAAACAGUGGAUUUGUUACAAAUUGGAUUCCGUUGCUGUGGAAACAAUGGCUUUAGAGACUGGUUUGAAAUUCAGUGGGUAUCUCCUCGUUAUCUGAAUAUGGCUUCCAAGGAGGUUCUCGACCGUCUGAAGAGCAACGUUGAUGGGAAGUUCUUGGUGGAUGGAGUCCCCUUCAGCUGCUGCAACCCCAGCUCCCCACGGCCCUGCAUCCAGUACCAGCUGACAAACAACAGUGCUCACUACAACUACGAUUUCCUGACAGAGGAGCUCAAUAUCUGGAUGAAGGGGUGCAGAGAAGCCCUGCUGGAUUACUACACUGACAUCAUGAGAUCCAUUGGUGUUGCAGCAUUGCUUAUUUGGUUGUUCGAGCUCUCUGUACUGAUUGGUGUCCGGUACCUACAAACAUCCAUGAAGAAUGUCCUUCUACUAGGAGAUCUGGAGGGUGAAUCAGAUGGCUGGUUACUAGAAAAUAGUUUUGUGGAAACUGCCAAAUACAACAUCAGCAUCAUUAAGAACCUUGGCAAAGUCAACCAGAUCUCCACUGUGUCAGGCAUGAAUGACCCCAACAUUAAUGUUCAAAACACAGACUGUGACAAAACUAAUAUUACAACAAAAUCCAUCCCUGCAGCUAGGUAGGCAAAUAUUCCAAGAAAUGACAUCACAAGAGUAGCUUUGCUCUAUUACAGUCCUACAGUCACCAGAUUUUAUCUGGUGGGAGAAAAAAGUGGUAGAAAAACUAGUAAA